CUCGAGGUGCGCUUCGCAGGCUGCUAUGAUAGGACUCAAGGGGACUCUAAAUGUUAUAGACAACUCCGGCGCCCUUCUUGUAGAGUGCGUAAACGUUCUGAAGAACAAGGUCAACAACGGCUGGGGCUCCGUGGGCGAUGAAAUUGUCUGCGUCGUGAAGCGCGCCAGAGCUAUAUCUGCUGCUCAGCAGGCAUCUGCAACCGCAGUCAAAGUGCGGAGAGGAGACGUUCGUCGCGCAGUGAUCGUCCGAACAGCGAAGGCAGUUCGGAGACCAGACGGACGACUUGUGAAGUUUGAUGACAAUGCAGCCGUUUUGCUGAACAACAAGAGGGAGAUGCUAGGGACGAGAAUAGGUGGUGUCGUGAGUGCUGACUUGCGAAUGAAGGGAUGGGGCAAAAUCGUCAGCUUAGCACCUAAGGUCGUCUAGAGAUUUACUAAUGGAACAUAUGCGUAUUCUAGUUUUCGUGAUUUAUUUGGCUUAUCUCCUGCCAUGACAUGUCGCUUCGCCAGACCAGACCCAUGC